ACUCGAAUGAACGGCUUUAUGACUGAAAUAAGAGGAGAUUUGGUGGAUCUAUCGUGGAGAGUAUUUUUACUAUUUAUUUUUACUAUCUUAUUCAGCGGCCGUUUCUUGACCGUGCAAGAAGUUAUUUGCAGCGGAACCAGUUUUUCAGUUGAACUUACUGAUCUUGACAUGUUAAUAUUCUACGUCACAGUAAUUUGCAUUUAAAAUGUUAAUUAUGCAAUGACAAGAAAAACAGGUUAUAAUGAAGGAAAGAACGUUUCAAGAAGAAAAUAUUUUGUUUUCUUGCUACCAAUAACAAGAAACAUGCGUGGAACACAUCUAAAUUUACGCGCGCACGCGUAUUUAUAAGGUUUGCGAAUUAAUUUGGUGCUUUUUUGGAAGAAAUUCAGCUUUUCUUUACUUCCUUUUUUUAAAGAAGAGAUUUCUCAGCGGCCCGGAAAAUGUUAGAAAAUCAUGGCCAAUUUUCGACGAUUGACAUGUUUAUUCUUUUAUAAUAAAGCUCGAUUUCUUAAAAAAAAACACCGUUAAUUUGCAUAAUUUAUUGCAAGCUAAUAAAUUACGCAAACUUGUUUUUUCUAUUCUACAACAUAAAAUGAUGAAUGAAAAUGAAAAUGAUAUUUCUCAUUAUACAUAUAUGUAUGUACAUCGUUGUCAAAAGGCGCGCGCGUGGGAAUACUUGCGACCUUGUAUUAAACAAUCUUAUCGUUAUCUAUCAAUGAGUGUACGCGUGCGAGAGAUGGUAUUGUUGGAAAUCGAUAUUCCCGUUUCCAGUUUCACCCUGAAGUAUCCGCAGCGUAUCUGCACGUACAAAGCGAUUCACACGAAACAAAUGUAACGCAGCGAACUUUGCAUUCGCGCGUUUCUCGAUUCGAGAGCUGUUCAACCCCGAGACCGUAAAAGAUGUCGGUCGAAGAACAAACACGAAAGAACAAAAUGCGGACUCGACAAAUUCUGGGUGUGAUUCAUCGCCUUGUAGAAGUAAUCGCUAGAGGGAUAUUGUUGUUAAUUGCAUACAUCAGAGGACCAGCACACUCUCAACCACCCAUCAAGGAUUUAACGCUUCUGCACAGUGCAACCACUUUAGCAUUAAAAAUUCGAAACAGACAAUUAACUUCGGAGGAUGUGGUAUCUUCGUACAUAGAAAGAAUAAAAGAGGUUCAACCCUUGCUCAACUGUACAGUUGCUGACCUCUUCGAGGAAGCUCUGAAGGAGGCGAGAAAAUGCGACGACUUAUUGAAAUCUCAGGACGCACCAUCUGUCGAAGUUUUGGCGAAGGAGAAACCAUUGUUUGGCGUGCCGUUUACCACCAAGGACUGCAUCGGUGUUGCAAACAUGCAACAAACGGCUGGCCUGUAUGUACGUAAGAAUUGCGUCGCCGAGAGAGAUGCAGAAGCGAUAAAACUAAUGAGGUCAGCUGGAGCCAUACCUCUGGCGUUGACAAAUGUCUCAGAAUUGGCAAUGUGGUGGGAAAGCAGUAAUUGCCUAUUCGGCACCACGAAGAACCCCUACAAUAAUAGGCAUAUCGUAGGCGGUUCUUCGGGUGGUGAAGGCUGCAUACUGGCAGCAGCUGGAUCGCCGCUUGGAAUUGGUUCAGAUAUCGGCGGGUCUAUUCGCAUGCCCGCGUUCUUUAAUGGGAUAUUUGGUCAUAAGCCAAGUAAAGGAAUCGUUUCAAAUGAUGGGCAGUAUCCUAGCGCGCACAGCGAUGACCAAGAUCAGCUACUCGCUAUUGGACCAAUGUGCAGAUACGCGCAAGAUUUGCCGGUAACUCUUAAGAUCCUCACGAAUAAGACUUCCGAUUUACUCAAGUUGGAUCAGAAAGUGGACAUGUCACGGAUCAAGAUCUAUUAUAUGGAAGACGAUGGCGGUCAGCACCUAGUUUCGCCGGUGGAUCCGGAGAUAAAGAACGCCAUGAAGAGAGUGCUGAAUUAUUUCGAGAAGGCGCAUAAAGUUAAAGCCACGAAGUUAAACGUGAAGAAAUUAAAAAAGAGCCUUGGCCUCUGGUUGGCAAACAUGACUUGCAAAGAUGAUAAGGAUUUUUCGUACGAGCUCACCAAUCGGCAGGGUCGCCUCAAUAUCUGGUUGGAAUUCAUUAAAUGGAUGUUGUUUAUGAGCAAUCACACACUGGUCGCUCUUAUCACUGCCGCGUUCGAGAAAUUUGGCAUGAAGCACGGAAGCGAGCAGCAUGUUCGACUCAUGCAACAAAGCAAGGAUCUCUUCCAGGAAUUUAAGGAUAUUUUGGGAGAAGAUGGCAUAUUCUUGUAUCCGACACAUCCAACCGCGGCGCCAAUGCAUCACGAGCCAAUGUUUAAACCGUUCAACUUUUCUUACACCGCAAUCAUUAACGUAUUGGGUCUACCAGCUACGGCGUGUCCGUUAGGUUUAAAUAAACAAGGACUUCCUAUAGGUCUGCAGGUUGUGGCGGGACUCUAUCAAGAUCACCUGACACUUGCCGUCGCGGAAGAAUUGGAGCGGGGUUUCGGAGGCUGGGUACCUCCGCCAAUAGUAGCUUAACAUCGGUACUGUCGUAGACAAUAAUUUAAUGAGUGAAUGACAUACAUAUGAAGCCUCAUCUUACCGAACCCUGCCAUCUUCGUCUUAUGAAGUAUUCUACCAUUUAUAUCGAAGAUCUUUUCAUAUACACACGAACACUCACGCGCGUUAUCGGGGUAAAGUACAAACUUAUAUAACAUUAUAUAUAUAAUAUGCAUUUAUAAUAUAAAAUACAUAUAAUUUUAUAAGACACACUUGAUAUUCCCGUAUGCCUCACAGUACGUUUACGUGCAAUUACGUUAUUGCAUUUCUCCAGUCUCGAGAAAAAAAAAUAUUCGUAUUGCAAUAUUUAAACGAGCAAUCUUUCUCAAUCUCUGUGACCAAUAAUUCAUUCAGAACUCUUUGAGAUAAUAUUACUUAUUAAUGUUGCGACUUAUAUAUUUAUAUUAAUAUGUCGAUUGUACUGAAAUACAGAUUGUUUGAUUGAAAAAACCGUGCAUUUUAGGGUGCAUGUUCUUGCAUAAAUAACUGGAAAUUUCGAUCCUCAAAACGAGGUAGUAGAUGUGGGAAAAAUAUUUGUAUAUAAGGACAAUAUCUAGUUAUGUUGAAUUACAGUAUUUGUAUACCUCGUACGUAGACUUCUAUGUAGAAUUUUCUAUUUUCAUACGAGACGUGAAAUCAGAUGGUAAUAGGGUGCUUCUGGUAAUUACGAUAAGACAUUCGACGUUAUUUAAAAAAAACCUGUAUUGAUGUUGAGAAUUUAUACAUAUAUAUAUAUUUUAUCUACCAAGAAA